CUCCAGUGGGCUCUUGGGACCCAGGACGGGGGCACAGCUGCCUGGCCCCAGCUCACCCCGCCUGUGCCCCACAGAGCUUCAGGACAUCGUGCACAUCUCCCGGGCCCGGAAGCCGGCCUUCAUCCUGAGCUCCCUGCGGGACGAGAAGCGGACCCACGACCACCUGCUCUGCCUGGACGGGGGUGUGAAAGGCCUGGUCAUCAUCCAGCUGCUCAUCGCCAUUGAGAAGGCCUCAGGCAUCCCCACCAAGGACCUCUUCGACUGGGUGGCCGGGACCAGCAGGGGCAUCCUGGCCCUGGCGAUUCUACAUGGCAAGUCCAUGGCCUACAUGCGUGGUGUGUACUUUCGCAUGAAGGACGAGGUGUUCCGGGGCUCGCGGCCCUACGAGUCAGGGCCCCUGGAGGAGUUCCUGAAGCGGGAGUUUGGAGAGCACACCAAGAUGACGGACGUCAAGAAGCCCAAGGUGAUGCUGACGGGGACGCUGUCUGACCGGCAGCCGGCCGAGCUCCACCUCUUCCGGAACUACGAGGCCCCGCAGUCCACACGGGAGCCUCGCUUCAGCCAGAAUAUCAACCUAAAGCCUCUGACUCGGCCCUCAGACCAACUAGUGUGGCGGGCAGCCCGAAGCAGUGGGGCAGCCCCCACCUACUUCCGGCCCAACGGGCGCUUCCUGGAUGGCGGGCUGUUGGCCAACAACCCCACGCUGGACGCCAUGACCGAGAUCCAUGAGUACAACCAGGACUUGAUUGGCAAGGGUCAGGGUGACAAGGUGAAGAAACUCUCCAUCGUCGUCUCUCUGGGCACAGGGAGGGCCCCCCAGGUGCCUGUGACCUGUGUGGAUGUCUUCCGCCCCAGUAACCCCUGGGAACUGGCCAAGACGGUUUUUGGGGCCAAGGAACUGGGCAAGAUGGUGGUGGACUGUUGCACAGAUCCAGAUGGGCGAGCUGUGGACCGGGCCCGGGCCUGGUGUGAGAUGGUGGACAUCCAGUACUUCAGAUUGAACCCCCAGCUGGGGGCGGACAUCAUGCUGGACGAGGUCAGCGACAUGGUGCUGGUCAACGCUCUCUGGGAGACCGAGGUCUACAUCUACGAGCACCGCGAGCAGUUCCAGAAGCUCAUCCAGCUGCUGCUCUCACCGUGAGGCUGCCAGGCCCAGCUGUGCCUGCCCGGGCCAGCUCCCCUCCACAGACUGGCCUCGAGGGCACCAGUGCCUGGCCCAUGGCUGGUCCCGAAGGCCCCUGUUCCUCUGUCCCCACCUCUGGCACUGUUUGUCAUUCAAGGCUGCCUGUCUCCAGCAGUCCGCGCCUCACUGGGGCCCUUGCCCUGGUCACCAAGGACAACUAGUUCUUGGGCCCUCGCCCCAUCUGCUCAAACACUAAGGGUGCCGGUGCACCCCAACCCUAACUCCCAGGGGCUCUAGGCUCUUCCUGGUCCCCAGGGGGUACAGCUGCUCCUCCCAUCCCCUGCCCUCAUCCCUGGAGGUGGGGGCUAGAGAAAAGGGCCAUCGCCCCACCCCAUCAGCAGGGACACUCCAGGAAUGGGGUGCUGCAUUCGACUUUGCACCCCCACACACACCCAGCUGCCGGCCCUCCCCCAGCUGCCCCACCCCGCGAGUGCUUCUUGGCGAUUUCACUCAUUAUUGUCCCUGGCAGGAGGUGGUUUAUGACCGGGGAGGGGCUCUGGGGCUGCCUCCAACCUCAAAUAAACAGCUCGGCCAGGUGCACCCGUGUUGUGUGCCAU